AUGGGAGACAGAGGAAAAUAUUACAGUGUGUGGGGGCUCAUGCACUCUCAAUUUAUCAAGCCGAUAAUAUGCAGUCUCUCGAGCGACAAGUAUCACUUUGCUGCCUCGAGCGCGUUUUGCUCGAUCAUGAAGAACAUAGCAGUACAUUCACAGGAACCUCAACUCCCUCAAGGGUUUCACCUCCUCGUCAAGAUUGUAUCGCAUACUCCAUACAAGUUCGCGUACUCUUGGACUGCCCCUGGCUCCUCACAUCCCUUUGAUGAGUUUGACUUGGAAUCAUGUCUGCAGAAGGCAUCGAUGACGGGAAUGGCGAAGGAUGUGUUGUCAGAUGUCUUGCAAAAUCACAAGAUGAAUGUGAAGACAAUGAUGACAGAGUGGGCGAGGAAGAAAGAGACGGAGAGCAGGCAGAGUAAUGGACACAGCGACUACCAUGAGCAGAUGAGCAAAAAUGCUUCUCUGAGCUCCUCGUUCCCCAGCAUGUCCAACAGAGAUCACCCUCAAAACCACCACGGCAUCGAGCUUGAAAGUCCUCCCGCAAUCGCACCGCAGGAAGACCUGUGCGGCAUACAAGGCUGCGUCUGCGAGACUGAGGGACUUCACAUCCAUCAGCAAGAGCCGAAGCUACCACAAGGAUUCUACCUAUCAGUGAAGAAAGAAAAGUCAAAGCUGGAGAUGAGGUGGAAGCUGCCUGGGUCAAGUGAUUUGUUGAAGGAGAAUGCGAUAGAGCGGGAGCUGCGGUCGACAUCACCUGCCAGCGCGAUGAGUGUGGACGAGUUUGAGAGAUUUGUCGACCUGUUUGUGCAGCACAAGAUCAACGUAAAGGCUUACGCGGCGAAGGAGUGGAGCCGGAGGAAGAAACUCGAUUCUUUAGCUCAGACGAAUAGGCACGAGGAAUGGGAUGUGAUGAUGGACCCUAAGACAGGUCAGGAUGCCCGCGGGGUGCCGGAAGAGAACGUUGCUCUACUUGUCAAACCAAACUUUGGAGAUGUCAACAACGAGCGGACUCUGAUCUUCGACUCCGGAGACUUUUGUCCCGCAUGUGGCAAAGACUUCUCUCACAUCGCAAUCGCCACUCGACGCAACUCGAUGCUCAAGCACCUCUACCACUUCAAGAGGACAGGCUACUGUAAGUUCUCGCGCUACAACUUCAACGCCAUGGGCCCAGCAGCGGUCAACGACCAUGCAGACGUCGCUGAGAGCUCCGACCUCCUGCUCAACUCGUCGCAACAGCUGCUGUCCGGUAUGGACUUUGAAAGCCAUCCGCUCAACGACAGCGCCGCUACCAUGAUGAACGACCGAUCGCACGAGUGCUACAUGUCAAACUCGGACGACGACGACGACGACGACGACGACGACGACGACGACGAUGAUGAUGACGACGACGACGACGGCGAGGGCGAGGGCGAGGGCGAGGGCGAGGGCGAGGGCGGGGGCGGGGGCGGGGGCGAGGGCGAGAGGUCGCCUCCGCGCCGGAAAAGAGGGCGUCCAAGGCUCCCCUCCUCCAAGUGCAGCCGAUGUGGCAAGUGGCGGAGGCUUCGUUCUCGUUUCGGGACUGAUCAUGAUCGACCCUUCUUCUGCGCCAUGCUGUCAAACACCAACUGCUCCAUGGAUGAAGUGCCGGCCCACCGCCCGCGCGACUUGUUAGAGGGCGAGAAAGACAGGGAGAGGGGCAGGGCAGCGCACAAGCGACCCCGCUCGUUCCCCGACACGGACAGAGAUGAAACAGACUCGGGCGGGAGGGCAGAAAGUCUGACGAGCAAGAAGGAGAAGUUGGAAGUCUGCACGUGGCAGAAGAACUUCGAGAUGCUCAAGGACUUCAAGCAGAAGCACGGGCACCUGUUCGUCUCCCAGAGCUCCAAGUCUCGCUUCUUCCACCCUCAGCUGGGACGAUGGGCCAGCUGGCAGAGGACGCUGCUCAACAAGGGAGAGCUGCAGGCAGAGAGGAAGCGAUGGCUGGACGAGAUCGGCUUCUGCUGGAAUGGCAGGGAGGUGGUCAAGAUCAUCGGCCGCUCCACCAAGAAGAGAAAGCACAGGGACAAGCACAGGGACAGCCACUGA